CAAAUCUUCAUAUCUCGUCUGCAACUGCGUUUACAGUUCCUGCUUAUCCGUAGGUUGAAGGCUUGACUCGGGCUUGUUUGCUUACGAUCCUGGGAAAGCUGCCUCGUGCAGGCAAGCAUCCCAGGCGUUGGAUUUCGUCUGCUUGCGGCUGUCGUUGCUGCUGGGUGCUGAGCUGCCUGGCAGGCAGCAAGCAAACAAGCCCAAAAGUUUGGGGCUGUUUGGAACCUUUACCAGCUACUUAUGUAGCCUUGCUCCGAGGAUAACGAGAAGAGCUACACGUUUGAAAAGUGGGCAAGGUUGUAUCGGUGCAUGUGCGAGCAAGUUUUCACCUUGUCGCUGCAGGAGAGUGGUUUUCGCUAGCCUGGCUGAGCAAGGAUUCGCUCGCCUCGCCUGGCAAAGCUAGGCAAGCUAGCAAGGCAACCGAACGCGCUCUUUGUGAAUUGUGACUACACGUGCAGGCAAGCAUGAGCUGGUGGUGGGCGGGCGCUGUCGGCACGGUCAGGAAGCGCCAGGACGACCUCGCCGCCGUGUCCCAGUCCGAGCAGGCCUUCGAGAGCGUGGCGCUCGUCGUCGGCUCCACCGGCAUCGUGGGCGCCUCCCUCGUCGACAUCCUCCUGCUGCCGGACACCCCAGGCGGGCCAUGGAAGGUAUAUGCAAUCUCCCGCCGUCCGCUCCCUCCUUGGUCCCUGCCGUCGUCUUCCUCCGUGACUCACAUACACGUUGACCUCACCGACUCCGCCGCCGCCGCCGAGGUCCUCACGCCGCUCAUCGACAUCACCCACGUCUUCUACGUCGCCUGGACCUGGCGCGCCACGGAGGAGGAGAACUGCGAGGCCAACUCUGCCAUGCUCCGCAACGUGCUCUCCGUCGUCGUCCCCAACUGCCCGGCGCUCGUCCACGUCAGCCUUCAGACGGGGACCAGGCACUACUUCGGCCGCCUCGACUCCGAGAACUGCGUCCACUACCCGCCCUACACCGAGGACAUGCCGAGACUCGACAUGCCCGUCUUCUACUACGACCAGGAGGACGUCCUCAUCGACGCCGUCGCGCGGCGCGGCGGCGGGGCCGUUAGCUGGUCUGUGCACCGCCCCAACAUCAUAUUCGGCUUCUCCCCACGCUGCGCCAUCAACCUCGUCUGCAGCCUCUGCGUCUACGCCGCAGUCUGCUGCAAGGAGGGAACCCCGCUGCGGUGGCCGGGGUCCCGUGGCGGCUGGGAGGGCUUCAUCACCCCCUCCGACGCCGACCUCGUCGCGGAGCAUCACAUCUGGGCGGGCUUUGAUCCCAUGGCCAAGAACGAGGCGUUCAAUUGCAGCAAUGGCGAUGUCUGCACGUGGAAGAAGCUGUGGCCGAUACUCGCAGGACGCUUCGGGCUGGAGUGGGUCGGGUACGAGGGCGAGGAGAAGCGGUUGAAGCUGGCGGAGGCCAUGGCCGGGAAGGAGGCGCUGUGGGCGGAGAUCGUCGAGGAGAACGAGCUCGUGGCGACGCACGUCUCCGAGGUCGCCAACUGGUGGGUCGUCGACAAGUCGCUUGAUCGGUAUGGCCUCGAGUGGGAUAUCCUUGACAGCAUGAACAAGAGCAAGGAGCAUGGAUUCCUCGGCUUCCGGAACACGUUCAGGUCCUUCAACACAUGCAUCGACAGGUUAAAGGCUCACAAGAUUGUUCCAUGAUGCCUCGAGCUACCUGUUUAUCACGUUGGGUUUUGGUCAUGCUGCUGUGGCAUACUGGCAUCUCGUGAAUUACCUUUGCUAACAGCAGUUCGUCAUGACCUGUUGGGCGCUAGCUGUCGUUGUUUGCUGUUAGUACUACUUUUUUUUUUCAAAUAAAUAAAGUCAAAAGAUAUUACUAA